AGGCGGCGCCCCAGCGGCCGCCUCCCGGACACGCCAUUGGUCGCCGCCGGUCACGUGACCUCACUCACCAUGGCCGCCUCCAUCACAAAUAUUCGUCUGCUACGCUCGGCACAAUUACCCGGCACAGGAGGCCAUAAUGUCCGGCUCAUGGCCAUAGAGCGGUGUGGGCACCAACAGCGCUUCUCCUCUUCGGCACCUGAUCAGUCAAAUGACGAUGAGACCCUGGCUCCUGAUAGAAAAUUUUCCUUUGAUGCAGCAUCACUAGCAGCUAGGGGGUACCUUCGCAGUCAAAAGCCAUAUUAUCCUGUAAAUGGUGUACAUAAGCAAGUGUUGGGGAUUUGUUCACAGUUGAUAAAGAGCUCGAACCCUGACACCCCCUUCAAGGAUGCAAGUACCAAGUUCCAGGUGUUGGCGCAGUGUUCCAAAACCUUGAAGCAUGCGGUGCCAAACUCUCUCAUGCACAAAAUUACUAAUAUCAGAGAGUUGGUAACCUUCUAUGAAACCCCAGUGAACACAUCUGUUCCACUUGACAUGAUGAAGGACAUGGACCUACCCAAAAAUCUGCACGUGAUAUAUAAAUAUAACAGGUUCCAUCCAGAGACCGAUACAAAGUUUGGAGGCGUGUCUGCGUUUACCAAGGACUCGACUCUUAUUGUGGGCUUUAAGAACAAGAAGAGGUACCCUGGCCAUGUUGCAAGGACCACAUGGCCUUUCCAAUAAAAUAAUUCAACAUAUUACACACAAAAAUGACAAUAGUAUGAUAUAUCAAAUGAACAAAUCCACAAGGGCCGUGAUGAGGAUUCAAAUCUAUGUCCGUCGUUAUGCGUGAGUAGUGAUGCGUGAUGCAAUCAACUAAGGCGUGUCUGGGAUCAUCCCAGACGUUGGUUUGAACUCUUAUUACGGCCCUUGUGGAUUUGUUAAUUCAACAUACAGUAUUGUUCAUGUAAAUAUUUAUAACAUGAUGUAGAAAUUACUUGUUUUCCUAAGUUUUGCAUAAUUAUAUCACCCAAAAAUUGCAUUUUCAGUUAAUUUUGUCUGUGACAUUUUUUGUUAAAUUAAUGUAUGUAUGUGCAUGGAUACAUACUGCUACAUACAUGAUGAAGUUGAAUAAAUUUUUUUAAUUUUA